AUUUACACUAUUGCCUGCUAUUGCUCCUAUUGCUACUCACGAGCGCAGAUGUCCUAAACUUGUAAACUGCUCCGAAAUGUCACUGCGAUUUUCUUGGAACUGGAGCAGUCACAUACUGCGACGUUAGUGGAGCUGUGACAAAGUAGCGGACUGCGAUUUCACAACCCACCUCUAGUUUUAAAUAGUUUUCAAGAGUUCUAAGCAAGUUUUAGGUUUAUGGAGUUAAUCUUUUAUAUUUUUAUAUUUAUAUAUAUUAUGGUGAUCAUCUGGUGAUAGUGAUUGUGAUAAUGUGUGAUUUAAUAAAAGAAUUAAUAAACAUAUUUCCUAAAUCACUUGAAAUCGAGAAAAUAUCUAUUAAUGGACAUGUAUUUUCUACAUUUUUUAAUUACUUUAAAUUGUGCUCAGAAAAACCUAGUUACAAUAAAAAAAUUUCUAAUUUGGCACUAUUUACGAUUACCAGUAUAUUGGAUUAUUUAAAUGACGAGUUAAAUACAGGUCAUUGGAGUGAAGUUCCAAUAACACUUAGAAAGAAUUUUACAAUUGCCACUUAUCUUAAAUUAGUAUGUAUCGUUCAUAAAUGUGAUAAGUUUUCAAAUGAAAUACUCAAAAACUUAAUAAAAACUGUUGAUAUGGGUUUGCUACUAGGCGCCCCUGUAGAGGAAAAUAAUGAGUUAUUAGCAAAAUGUGCACAGAUUUUACAGUCUGCAUUAUAUAGUAAGGAAAACGAAAAACCACUUCCAGAAAAUUCAGCAUGUAUAGAAAUAUAUGAAAACAACAUCAAUAUUGAUAUGGAAAAAGAAUUGUUUGACAAAAUCAAAGGAUGCAUAGUUCAAGAGGAAUUUAUGCCAUCUUUAGAAUUUUUUGCUAAUCAGUACUUCUACCAACAACUUCCAGUAAAAUUAAAAGGUUGUAUAAAACAUUGGAGUGCAUUAAAGAAGUGGUCAAAUAUACAGUACUUUCUUAAUUUAGCUGGUGCCCGUACUGUGCCAAUAGAAAUUGGAUCUCAUUAUACAGAUAAAAAUUGGUCACAAAAAUUAAUGACUAUAAAAGAGUUUAUUGAAAACUAUCUUUUAAGUGAAAAUAGAGAAGUUGGAUAUCUAGCUCAACACAAUUUAUUGGAUCAGAUUAUUGAACUUAAGGACGAUAUACAGAUACCGGAGUAUUGUUGUUGUAGUUUAAAUUAUGAGAAGGCAACUGAUCCAGAUAUUAAUAUAUGGUUAGGCCCAAAAGAAACUCUAUCACCUUUGCAUCAAGAUCCCAAGAACAAUAUUUUGGCUCAAGUCUUUGGCACAAAACAGGUGAUUUUAUAUUCAGUAGAAGAUUCAAAGUAUCUAUAUCCUUAUCAAGGAAACAUGCUGUCAAACUCUGCCCAAGUGGAUCCUCUUAAACCUGAUUUUAUUAAAUUUCCAGAAUUUAAGAAUGCAAAAAUGUACAAAUGUCUUUUAGAACCUGGCGAUAUGCUUUUUCUGCCUAUUAACUGGUGGCAUCAUGUAAAAGCUUUAGACAGGAGUUGUUCUGUUAGUUUUUGGUGGCAAUAAUAAGAAAUAAUUGAAUAAUGUGGUUCUUGUUAAUAGCUUUACUUCUGCAAUACGUUUUUUAACAACAUAGUUCUUUAUAUCCAUGUACUUUACAAGAUGGCCUCUGAUGUAACUUCAUUUUCUUCCAAUACAUUUAAAAGUAAUAUUAUUAAAAUUUAAAAAUAAUAAUAAUACAUAGUGUAUACCGCAGCCUCCGUAUAUAAACAGUGAAAGUAUUUAUGUCUCAAUAUUGAAGAACUGAAAAUCGAGUUUGUAUGGUUUGAGGACAUAAGUUCAUCUUUGUUUAAGAAAUGGAAGUACUAAUCUAAACAUGGCGCAAAUGCCAAUAUGCGCUGAAAGGCUAUUUUCCUAUUGGUCGAAUGGCGUCUAGUAGGGGUUAUCCAUUUUUGUUCCUAAAAUAUAGGCAAUACGUAUUAUACAUUUUUAGUUUUCUCAUGGUUUUCACUUAGGCAGGCGCCAUUAAUGUUUUUCUUUCUAUUAUGUAUUUUUGCUUGUGUUUUAAUCUCUAUUACUUUUAAAAGAUUAUUUAUAAUGCAACAAUGCAAAUUAUAUUUAAUUUGUUUGUA